UUUGGAGGGCCCUUCAUUUUGCCAGUAUAUAUACAGACCCUCUCCAUAUACUAAUCUUUCAUUACAUUUUUUCUUCCCUCUUUUAAACAACUGACAAAGUCAAAUUGCGGCUAAGCUUAUCUCCUCCUUCUCCCGUUUAAUUUUCCAUUUUUUUUUUCUAACACAUAAUUAUCAAGAGCCAGCCGGUGAUUAUGGCCGAAUUAGUAGCUGACGUGGAGGACUGGAGUUUGCAGGCCAUAGUCAGAGGAUCAAGCGGUGAUUUUGCCAAGAUGAACGUUGAUAUGGGAUUCGACGGCCAGGAUCCAUUUUCCGACAUGUUGACCAGUUUUCCUGAUAUGUUUGACUUGUCAACCGGCUCUAGCGAUGAGCUGGAGGGGCUCUACAAGCCGUUCUACACGGCUAGCCAAAAUAAUACUUACGAGCUCCCGAACCAAACCGUUAUCGAGUUUCAAGGGCAAGCCAAGCCAGAUGGAUCGGGUGAGGAAGCUAAUUAUAAGCCGGCUCAUGAUGAUCUGUACUCAGAUCAGUCGUCCGGAAAUAGCUUCGUCGCUGGGGCUGCGGCUGGCUACACUCCAAAAUACAAGAAGAGAAAGAAUCAGCAUAAAAGAGUGGUGAUUCAAGUGACGGCUGAGGGUCUUUCUGCUGAUAAGUGGGCUUGGCGCAAAUACGGGCAGAAGCCUAUUAAGGGCUCACCAUAUCCAAGGAGCUACUACAGGUGUAGCAGCUCAAAGGGGUGUUUGGCACGCAAGCAAGUGGAGCAAAGCUGCAACGACCCUGGACUGUUCAUCGUGACCUACACAGCCGAACACAGCCAUAGCCAGCCCACCAGACGAAACUCAUUAGCCGGCACUAUCCGCCAGAAAUUCCCAUCCCAUAACAAAAACCUAAAAGCCGCCACUACCAAAACCGCCCCACCACAAAAAACCGAAGAAUCUUGUGUUUCCCCACAAACACCUCGUCAACUUUUGUCCGACCCGUCGGCUAUUGGUUUUUGUGCAAGUAUCAAAGAGGAGAAUGAAGCGGAAGAUAACGACAUGAGAGUUGUGAAAUCCGAAAGUGGUGGAGGCUACAGUAACGACAUUGACAUGUCCGAUUUUGCAUUGGACGAGGAUUUCUUUUCGGGGUUUGAGGAUUUCGAUGAUGGAUUUACUAAUCCGGAGCCACAGUAUUUUCCUGUAAGGGAGGAGUGUGGCUGGUUUUAGAAGAUUUGAGAAGUGAAUUUAGCACAUUAUUAUAUGCAUUUAUGUUGUUUGUACUCUAAAGUAGUACGUGCUAAAGAUAUAAAAUACGUACACACUUGAUUAAUUCUAGCGAACCUCUGAUUAGUUAGUUAUUUAGUCAGUCCGAUGAAGACAAGAUGUAUUUAUUUUUUAAUUUUCAACUUUUAGAGCAAUCAGUGCAUACUCCAUUAAAAUCCAUACCAAAUAAAGAGAAUUUUGUUGUAUAUUGUUCUUGUUAAUGCAGUUUAUUCAAGUCUUG